AUGAGUGCUGAGCAACCUGGUCCUGGGCUUUCAAGUGAGAAUCAAGGUGGAUGGAUGCAUUUCCUCAAGUCCAUCGCCAGCUUUUCGGGCGAUCUUAGCAAAAUGACAGCGCCGUCGUUCAUUUUGUCGCCCGUGUCGCUGACCGAGUACCCGAGCUACUGGGGAGAGCACCCCGAUACCUUUAACGAGGUCCAGGAGGGAAAGACGCCGGAGGAGCGUAUGGUAGCUGUGCUUCGUUGGUUCAUUGCCACACUCAAGGGUCAGUACACCUCGCGCAACACCAGCAUGGGUCACGAGAAGAAGCCGCUUAACCCCGUGCUUAGUGAAGUGUUUUACGGUAAAUGGCCUGACCACAGUGGUCGUGGUGAAUUGACGCUUGUGUCGGAGCAAGUGUCGCACCACCCCCCGAUCACUGCGUACUACUUGGAGAACAAGAAGGCCGGCGUAAGUGUGCAGGGCCACAGCGGUCAGAAGACCUCAUUCAAUGGCCGUACAAUCUCUGUGCUGCAGGUGGGCCACGCCUUCAUGCGUCUGAAGCGUCCAGAGGGUGAGGAUGAGGUGUACCUGAUUACUCUUCCUACGCUUCACAUCGAUGGUUUGUGGUACGGAUCGCCCUACAUUGAGCUGGCCGACACGACGUACAUUCACUCAUCGACGGGCUAUCUCGCCACUAUCAACUACAGUGGCCGUGGCUACUUCUCGGGCAAGGCCCACUCCUUCCAUGCGACGGUGACGCAGUCUGGUUCAUCGACCUCGUUGUUGGAGGUCGCCGGCGAUUGGUCGGGAAGCAGCACUGUGAAGAAGGGCACUCUUCUUCCUGUAAGCUCUACGUUCUGGGAUGCGAACGUGAGCCCUCGCGAGGAGAUUCAGGUCAAGCCAAUUUCAGAGAUGGGCGAGUACGAGAGCCGCCGCUUGUGGCAGGUUGUUUCCCAGGGUAUCCGGACAGGCAACUAUGACGUGGCGUCGAAGGACAAGUCGCGUAUUGAGAACGAGCAGCGUGCGCUACGCAAGAAGCGCGAGGAGGAAGGCACGAAGCACGAGUUGAAGCACUUUGAGCUCAUUGAGAAUGAUCCGGAUUACGCCAAGCUCGCUGUGGCAUGCAAGAACCAACCGAACACGCAGUCCACGUACCGCUUCACUACCGGUCCUACGAAUGCGUAA